AUGGAAGAAUUGCAAUAUCAUCAUCAUCAUCAACAUCAUCAUGGGCAUGACGAUGGUCCUGAGAAUGUACCAAAUCGAUAUGCAACAUCUUUUCAUGGAACGGAACAGUCAAAUGUCAUUACAGCAGAACAGCGUUAUCAACAACAACAACAACAAGCAGUGCACUCGGUUCCCACAACAACCUAUGAUGGUGUACAAUCAACCGGUUCUUUUCAUUCUAUAUCUAGCCUUGAUUCAGCGGCAGAGAUGUCCAAAUAUUUCCCGGAUGCACAAACACCCAGUUUAUCACCGUUUAGGCAUCAGCUAGAAGUUGGAGGUCAAGCACAAUCAGCGACUAUAUCGAAUACUAGAACUACUACAACUACUAAUACUGUUAAUGCAGGACCGUAUAUUCCUGUACUUGGCCCCUCUGCGGCGCAGCGAUUAUCACAGCCCAUAAGAGCACCGUUCAUGUCACACCAACAACAACAACAACAGCAACGACCUGUACGGCCGCCAGGUCCAUCUCAACUUCCACCAGGCAUUCCAAGUUAUACAUCACAAGUCGAAGGAUUAUCUGUUUCGCAAGCUGUUGUAAAUGAUGUACUUGUUGAUCUUCAAUCGAAAGUAAUAAAUGAAACAUUACAACAAUAUCAAGAUGCGCCAGUUGGAGGAGAACCACUUCCUCCAAUUUAUAUUCAGGCGCCUCAACCGACAAUAAUCCUUCGUUCGGAUAUGAAUCGACUUCGCGCCGAAUUGAAUAGUACUGUUCGUCCGCAAGUAAUCUACCGCAAUCCAGAAGGAGCAGAACAGCAUCAACAACAACAACAACAACAACAGUUUCAGCAUCAACAACAACAAUUUCAGCAACAACAACAACAACAGCAACAGUUUCAACAACAAGAAGUCUUUCAGCAAAAUAACUUCCAAAUACCACAAUUUCCAAGUCCAGCACAACAACAGAUCCCACCAGAGUGUUAUGGAGAAUAUCGUAAUGCAGUCUUUGCAAACAGACCUUCACGACGACAAGUCAAACCUCGAACGGGCUUUGAUGAAUAUAAGGCGACGACUACGACGAUAACUGAUGAACAGAGAAGCGAAAACGAAGCACGAUUUUAUAAUCAAGCCGACUCAACUGCGUUCAAUGACGACAGUAUCAAUGCUAAUAUGCAGAAUACACUUGAUCUUCAAGGUUUAUCCGCUACAUCAUUUGAACAGCGUGACUCACCUUACCAAUCUUCUUUAUAUCCUCCCAAUUUCGACGAGCAACAACAAGGUAACGAGAAGAUCACAUCUGCAGCUUCUCAAUACAUCAAUAACGAAGAAAUUGGUCAAACUGACAACAUGCAUAUCCAUCAACGACAAGACAUCACGUUCGAUAUUGACAAUUGCAUCAUGCGAUGUUUCGAAGCUCAUCGUCAACGAUUAGCAAGACGACGAGCUGCCCGACAAGCACGACGAGCGAAACGUCAGAAACAAUCUGGUCAUCAACGACAGCAUCAGCAACAUCAACAUCAAGCUAACGGCUUUCAAACAUUCUCUUCACAGGGAACUUAUUCACCAUGCGAUGACACAAUACAUGAUUCAAUCAAAACAUCAGCUUCAGUUCGUACGUCGGAAGCGUCGUAUCCACCUACGGCCGGGCUUGACUAUGGACAAGGAGCUCAGUCGAAUGUACUAUCCACAGAUGCGUCUAACACACAGACAACUCAGAUACCAUAUUCAACGAAUAUACAAUCAACAGCAGGUGAAUAUCAUCAAUUCAAUCCGCUCAAUAUACACGACACGUAUGGCGCUUAUCAACGAGUUCCAUCUGCUAAUAAUGAAUUAGUGCAACAACCACAUCAUGACCAAGCAUCGUAUGACUAUGCUAAUCAAUUGCAAUAUUCCUCGUUUGCACCCACUGAUUCUACGGUACCAGGUGGCAUACAACAUCGGACAUCUGAUUAUUAUCAACAGCAACCCCAACAACAAACCGCAGCUCAAUUCUUACAAUCCCAAGAAACACACAUCCAGCAAUCGAAUGCAUAUGAUUACUUGACGGGAAGUGCACAAACUCAAUUACCAACUUACGAUUAUGCAAAUAUCGGUCAGGAAUCGUCACAAUACCCAUACGAUAUCGAAGGUGCGCAACAACAACAACAACAAACACCAUUAAAUUACGAUACGCUAGAAUCGGCUGUUUAUGUCCCAUCUUCCACAGAUAUACAACAAGCAGAACAAAAACAAACGUUUAAUUAUGCCAAUCAAACACUUAGCCCGGCUGAUUACUAUCAGCAACAAGCCCUAUCAGUUCCGAUAUCUCAAAAUCAAGAAGCUUAUAGUCAACCAACUGGCACCUAUGAAUACACAAAAGAAAGUUUUCUUUCUCAAGAACCUGUGUACGAUUAUCAAAAUGUCGAACAACAAGCUUCUCAAUUUACAUAUGAUGCCGCUGCUGUCCAACAAAUAUCACAACCGGGCUCGUAUGAGUAUCCCACUGCAAUAACGAAUGUUUUCUCACCAACUCAGAUAGGUGCAAAUGCAAACUGUCAACAACAACAACAACAACAGGCCGUAUCAGCAUCAACACCACAAGCUCAGCAAACGUACGCUCAAUCUCAAAUAGCAACCUAUGAUUAUCAAAAUCUUGAUCAACAACCAUCCAUAGACUAUAGUAGUGCAGAUACGGGCACAUACAUAUCACCUGAAGCGAACAUUCAACAAACAGAGCAGAAGACUACUUAUGACUAUACAAGUCAAGCACUCAGUUCGUCAGAUUACUAUCAACAACAUCAAACCUCUGUGCCUACGUCUCAAGCUCAAGGUACAUUUGAUCAAGGAGCCGGUACAUUUGAUUAUGUAUCCGGAAAUACUCAAGCGCAGCUAGCAGGUUACGAUCAACAGAAUACCGAACAGCAAUCGUAUCAAUAUCCAUUCAAUAUCGACAAUACCGAACAUCAACAACCACAAGAUUUUGCAAGUGAACAUACAGGCACUUAUAAAUCACCAGAAGCGCAUACACAACGAACGGAACAAAAACAAACGUAUGAUUAUACCAGUCAAGCGCUGAGUGCAUCAGAGUUUUUUCCGCAACCGUCAGCAUCUGGUCCUGCAUCUCAACUGCAAAGAACGUUUGAUCAACAGGCUGCGACAUUUGAUUACAGUAAACAGAGUUUUCAAAAUAAAGAACCACUUUUUGAUUAUCAAAGUACCGAUCAACCAUCUUCUCAUUAUUCUUAUAAUGGUGAAGAUACUCGACAACAACUACCACAGUUACAAGAACAAUACAACUAUCCGUCGGAAGCGACAACGCUUCAAUCGCCAACGGUAACUGAACUUCAGCAGUCAGAACAAAGACAACGUCUUGAUUAUCUGAAUCAAACACUUGGUUCAACUGAUCAGUUUCAGCAAAAACCUGUUUCUAUUCCUAUAUCUCAAGUAUAUGAUUCGCAACCUCCUGGCCGACGAUCGCAUGGCGCAUCAAUACCCACCGGUACAGUUGAAUAUACUCGACGAGCGUUUUACUCUCAAGAAACUGUACCAGACAAUUCUCCUAGAGAUUCCUAUCGUCAGCAACGCGGUCAUCAUGAAGAGAGCGAAUCAUUUAGUAUUAAUGAUUAUCUUAAACGCUUUGAAUCCGAAUCCAUUUCUCAACAAGCUGGAGGACAAAUGAAGUCCUCUGAUGAUUACCAGUCUAUUAGUACGACCACAACAACGCCGAACACUGUUCAACCGACAGCUGAUAUUUAUCAGCCAACUGGACUCGCUCGAAAUUAUGACCUACAGCAUUAUACCAACGAUUCGAUUGAAUCGGCUACACCACGUUCAGUCUUACCCACAUCAUCAACCUGCGAAGAAGAUCAUCAACAUCUUCUUCAUCAAACUUCCGUGAGUGAACAAAUUCACGAACAAAUUCCACCAUCAGAUGUGCGUAGCGAUGAACUCGAAGGUUCAAUUUAUGACACAUACAGUUCAUUGCCACCACCACCACCUUCGUUGGCAACUAGAGAUACGAAUCAACAGCAGGGAUCAGUGACCACCAGUGGCUACGAUUUUCCCGCGCCACCCACACCGGAUCGUCAUUCAUAUCAAACUGGACAAAAACGACCUAGUCGUUCCAUAGCGUCCAUUGUUCCAUCAGUUGAUCAACAAAGUAUCUAUAGUGCUCAACAGCCAAUACCAUUGACAUCGCCAACGACAAGUGAUAAUCGCAGUGAAGAUGAUGAUGACGAUACGAAAGAAGAUGAAGAAAUCUUUGAUCUACGUGAAUGCAUUGCACGCUGUUAUGCCAAAUAUCGAGAAUCAUGGAAUCACGAACAACAACGACAAUACGAACAACAAUUGAUGAAAUCUCAACAACCAAUAAUAGAUAUUCAACAAAUGACAUCUCAACAAUCAACACGAACAUCCAUUUCUCAUACAAAUCAACAGUUCAUCCAACCACCACGACAAACAUUCGGUUCCGAUGAAGUUCAUUAUAGCGACGGAUGGACACAAACAGCAUCCCAUGAUGUUAUGAAACUAUCGAACAUUGCACAACACACCUACGAUCAAACACCAUCAACUUUCGAUACACAACCAUAUGUACCACAAUCAUCAACAAAAGAUUUUGCAACCGAUUCGCGAGGACAGCAAACAAUUGAAUAUACACCACCAUUGGUUGCAUCGACACAACAUGCCAUUCCGACAGUACCUAUAACAGCUCCAUCGCCAUAUAAUGAAUACAUGGUACACGAGCAAAAACAACAACAACAACAACAACAACAACAGGAACAGCAAGUUUACGACCACGGUAUACCUGCACCGUCGCAUUCGUCCUUCAAUGAAACUGAUUACCAAUCAAAUGUACACGUUUCCUCACAAAUAACACCUGAGGCACAAAAAUACGAAAACACACCUUUUAGUAAACAAGAUGAAGAAGACGAACAGCAACAACAACAUCGAUACAGGGCACAUUCUGAGCCCGUGUCAAUACAACAAGACUCACUUAUUUCCACUCAGUCGUCGCAACAAAUUUCAUCUCAUAUAAUAGAUCAACAGUCGCGCCGAUCGAAUUCAAUACCAAUGAUCCAUCAACAAGAACAACAGCAGCAACAACAAGCUCGUGUUCCAACAGUCCGCAUGCUUGAUGAUGGUCGCGCAUAUGAAACAGAUGCAACUUUUGAACGAACUGUGCCUAUGAUUGAUCCGAAGACAGGCAUGUGUCUUGUACCAUGUCCCGAAUCACAGAAAUAUGCACAUUUACCGCCACAUCUUCGACCAGAGUUGUUCUGUAUUGAACUACCACCGGCAGGUUCGCUUCCACCAAUGCCGCCAGCACCGGAACCAACAAUGAUUCCACCUCCGAUGAUGGAUGAAGAACAAUACCAACAGCAACAACAAUAUCAUCACCAACAGCAGCAACAACAACAACACCCUCAAGGCAGAUGGUGUGUGAGAUGUUGUUGUGUUCCAGGACAAACACUCAUCAAGAAAGUCGUUUAUAAACAAGUAGAAGAAGGAGGAGAACAACACGAAGAUCAUCAUCAAUUCCAAGAAGAUUCCGAUUAUGACUAUGCUGCCGUUUUGAAUCAAAUGGGAACUCGAAUAAGUGUUCGAUAUGGAAAUAGUCUUAUGGAAGACAGUGAACCAUUUGUUCCCGGCAAUUAUUCUGAACAAUUGCGUAUCAUUGAUUUUCCUGUUUAUGUUUCUGGUAAAGAUGACCCGAAAUUGACGCCACUUGUACCCGUCAAUUAA